AUAUAUACAGAGCAACGUUGUGGGUGCCAUAUUUGCUUUUCAACACCCGAGGAUCCGUUCCGGUGCCUAUUCACACACACAUAUAUAUACAUAUAUACAUCCGAGAGAGCAGCGUCAUUGUACUUUGUACAUAGAACGAGUCCGGAGCCCCACGAGUGCGCAUCUCCAGACAGAAGGAGGAAUUUCGUGCACCCUUAUCUCGCCGUUCUUCCCGAUUUCGCCAUCAUAAUUAUCAGCAGCAUCGUCAUCGUCAUGGACGAAUCCGAGGAGACGGGACACCGGUGGCCACGAUCCUCUAUUCAGUGCGAAUUGUGACUUUUUGUGUACAAACGUUUUCGUCGCGACGAAUAUUCGCGGUGACGCAAGAAGGAAAGAGAGAGAGAGUGAGAGAUUGAGAAGGACAGAAUAGAAAGAGAGAAAGAGAGGGAGAGAUUCGGGGAGAGUCUGGUGUGCUGUUACGUGUUUUCGAGUGAGCCUCGUCCGUGUUGUGCUCACGCCAUGACGUUGCUGUGAAAUCCGUAUCCCAAUAAUAAAUCAAUCCCGAUGUUGGUCAUAGGAUUGCGCCAAUGUAACUUUUAUGCUUUUAACGAGGAGGAGAGAAUCCGGGGCGGCGGCAAUUCGUGGAUACCGAAGAAAGCUUCAAACGCGUUUGAAGCUUUCGAGGUCGUAUUCAUGGAACUAUGAACCUGGACUCGUUGUAUAUUACUUUGUCACAAAUCAGUUAUUUGGUUGCGAAUUUGAAGAAAAAUUACGAGGACAGCUGUAAGCAGAUAUCGGUCUUGGUACAGCAGAAGGGUCUAGAAGCAGACCGACAUUUCUUACGCUGUCUGAUCUCGCACGUUGACUUCUCUAAGGGUGAACUGUCAGAGUCGAGCGCACAAGAUUAUUAUCAAGCAAAGUUGUUGAAACAGGAGUGCAACAGUUUAUUGAGCAAACCUUGUUUUAUAUCUAACCUGUGCUUUGCUAUAGAUAAUCCUUUACAUCAUCAAAAGACAUUGACUCCCUCUCCAAAGUUUUUUGUCAAUUUAAAAAAAACUGGCUUAACUUUGGUGCAGGAGGUUGCCUUUGCGAUUGCGUUACAGCAUUCGGAAAACACAGAAAUCCGUUUGUUAGCCUUAGAGCAUACUCAGAAGCAGCUGCCCGAAUUAAUAAAGAAUUAUAUAAACUCCGAGACAAGUAACAAACAUCACGAAGGUGGUCUACACGAUUCUCUGCCACAGGUUCUUCAGUUGAUACUAGGCCAGGUUUUUCAUACCAGCAAUCCUUAUAAUCUACCUGUUGAGGCAAAGGAACAAUUUCUUCAAAACCUUCGGCGCGACUUUCCCCGUGAUCUGGUACCAGUGGUGUUAGCACCAUUCUUGUACCCAGGAGACUGGGAAGUACCACCACCGUUCAAGAUAGAGUUCAACAUGGCUGUCAAUCAAAUGGAUAACAAUACUUUAGUGGAGCUGAUUAUGGAAUUAGGAUAUAGCUUUACCAGCAGCGUGGACGAAUGUCGUUCAGCAUUGGCGGGUUUGGGCGCGAGAGAAAUAUCGCCGGCAUGCGUUGCUCGUGUGUUGACACAAAUGACACGUAGCUGUAGCAACCUCGAAGAUGCUGGAGGUUUGCAAUCAUUUUGGGGCAAUUCGGCUGCCUCGCAGGACUCGAGUAAGGAGAAAUCGUCGGAUAGUGCCAUCCCCACGACAUGGAACGUUGAAGUGUUUAUUCAAACUUUAAAAGAAAUACAGUCUACAUUAUCUUGGAACGAUGUUAUAGUGAAGUUGGACCAUGCAGAGUUUAUUAUCAAGGAUAGACAAGGUUUAAACCUGUUGAUUACAGGCCUCAAAUUAGGCCUCCAACAUCAAGGAUAUCCGCCGGAUUUGUUUCCGGUCGAACUUUUUUAUCGACACUGGGAUAACGUGGAGGGUCAAUUUUCUCUGAUUCAACAGAUUCUUAAAUGUCCGGAUAUAUUUUGUUUCGCCGACUAUCCGUAUCAUACGGUAACCGUCGACGUAUUGAAGGCAGCGCCUGAAAGCGACAGCAAGGAAGGACAAACAUGGCGAUCGUUGAACAUAGUCGAAUUACUUCUUCAUAUGGCUGAAAGAGGCUUAUAUAAUUCUGUGCAGGAGAUAUUUAAGUGGCCAGUCCAGCACUGCCCGGACGUGUUAGUCCUGGCAUUAUUACAAAUCAAUCCACCGCUUACUUUACUCAGACAGGAAUUGUUUACCACACUAUUGCCAAUUUUUCUCGGGAAUCAUCCAAAUUCUGCUGUGAUACUGCACCACGCGUGGCAUGCGAAUAAUGCUAAGAUAAAAACGAUUAUAAUGCACGCCAUGGCAGAUUGGUAUACACGUGGUGAUCAUGAUCAAACAAGAUUAUCUCGAAUUUUAGAUGUUGCGCAAGAUUUAAAGGCUCUUUCCGCUUUACUUAAUUCGCAAUCUUUUCCAUUCGUCAUUGAUCUCGCUUGUUUGGCGUCUCGAAGAGAAUAUUUAAAGCUAGAAAAAUGGUUAACAGAUAAAAUAAGAGAUCACGGAGAAGUUUUCGUUGCUGCGUGUGUGAAAUUUCUGCAACGACGAUGUCCUCAAGUCAUGGGUCCCAUAAAGGAAGAUCCUACAGUUCCUAAAGCGAGUCAGUUACCACAGGAAACACUCACUACGAUAUUGGCUUGUUUGCAAGUUUGCUCUGGAAGUGUAUCUCAAGAACUAUCGGACUUAAUAAUGACGAUGGUGCAGAAUUGCAGUCUAAUGUUGAGUAAGAGUUCUAUGAGACAGGCACCCCCGGGAGUAUUGAGACAUCGAGGAUUAGAACCAUUUAAUCCGGCAACUUUGGGGAGUCAGUUAUUUUCUUCAAAACAAGUGGAUCCUCUUGGAAAUCUCAGUACAAAUCUUGCAACUAUGGGCCUUGGUACUGGUCUCGGACCUCCAAGCAGUUCCGCGUUCAACUUACCUGGCGCUUUAGGGCCUCUAGUUUCUGCGCCUGGCUCUCCUUCACGACUCAUGGGACCUUCUCCGAGUCCAUUCCCUAUGUUACCCCUAUCCUCGCAGCUACACUCGGGUCCAGUUGGUACUCAGGGACCGUCUGUGCUUCCCGGUGGUACGAUUGGUGGAUUAGGGGGACGUCUCGGACCGCCGACCGGCAUCGAGAAAGCGAGGAUUCCGGAAACGUCGAAUCUAUUUCCAGAUAUGGGACAGAACGUGUCCAAAGAGGUUGAAGACGAGGCGAACAGCUAUUUUCAACGUAUAUACAAUCAUCCGCCGCAUCCGACCUUGUCGAUCGACGAGGUGCUCGAUAUGUUAAAGAAAUUCCAAGAUUCCGGCAUUAGACGGGAGAGAGAAGUCUUUAACUGUAUGUUGCGGAAUCUAUUCGAGGAGUAUAGAUUCUUCCCGCAAUAUCCGGAGAAAGAACUGCAAAUAACGGCACAGUUGUUCGGUGGAAUUAUCGAGAGGGGCCUCGUCAAUAGUUAUAUGACUCUUGGACUAGCUUUGAGAUUCGUCCUUGAUGCGCUGAAGAAACCUGAGGGUAGCAAGAUGUACUAUUUUGGCAUAACGGCUUUGGACCGAUUUAAGAGCCGUUUGAAGGAUUAUCAAACUUAUUGCGAACACGUUAGAACGAUUCCGCAUUUCAACGAGUUUCCGCCGCAUCUGAUAGAGUAUAUAGAAUACGGGCUGCAAGGCCAAGAGCCGCCGUCGAGACCUCAGGGUCCAGUUCUUCCGAAAACUCUGGCGGCUAUGUUGGCUCCGGUUACAACUCCAUACAAAACCAUGACUACGACUACCAUCACGACUAGUACCACGCAGGCGAAACCGUCUACGACUCCAACUACGUCUCUUUCAGCCAGACCGUCUAUGCCUUCGGUCGCCAAUGCAACGAACAUCGAUACGUUGCUCGUGGCGACAGACAAGGAGGAAAAAAUCACGACGCCACCGGAAGCUUUACAGGACAAAACGGCUUUCAUUUUCAAUAAUCUCAGUCAGUUGAAUCUGCAACAGAAGUGCGAUGAAAUUCGCGAUAUUGUCACGGAAGAGUAUUGGCCGUGGAUGGCGCAAUACCUCGUGAUGAAACGUGCCAGUAUAGAAUUGAAUUUUCAUGCUCUGUACUCGAAUUUUCUGGAUUGUAUAAAACUACCUGAAGUCAAUAAGAUGGUCACAAGAGAGACAUUUCGAAAUAUCAAGGUACUUUUACGAAGCGAUAAGGGAAUAGCUAAUUUCUCGGAUCGAUCAUUAUUGAAAAAUUUAGGACACUGGCUCGGAAUGUUAACGCUUGGCAGGAAUAAGCCUAUUUUACAGAUAGACAUAGAUCUAAAAAGUUUACUCGUCGAAGCAUAUCACAAAGGGCAGCAAGAACUACUCUAUGUAGUGCCCUUUGUCGCAAAAGUGCUUGAAAGUUGUGCAAAAAGUCGCGUGUUUCGUCCGCCAAAUCCCUGGACUAUGGCGAUUAUGAAUGUUCUGGCUGAACUUCAUCAGGAGCCUGAUUUGAAAUUAAAUUUGAAAUUUGAAAUAGAGGUACUAUGCAAGAAUCUGAGCAUCGACGUCGGGGAACUAAAACCGGUCAUUUAUCUGAAAGAUCCCGAAAAGUUGCGCAACUUAGAAUACCAGUUGUCGCAUCCGAACAAAAAAUCGGAACCUACUACAAAUCAACAGCAACAAUCUCAGGGGCCUAUAGAGGAAUUGGUCGCAUCUACGACGAGCAGCGCAGUUAUUAAUCCUCAAACUGCGCCUCCCGCGAAUACGACACCCUCAUUGCCAACUGGCGGCGCACCUGAACCGCGAUUCAAUUAUAUGGAUAUAUCUGUCACCGGAAUCGCCAAUAUAUCACAGCACAUUACUAUCAACAGUCAGUUGCCCUUAUUUCAAACGCAUCCUCAUCUGAAGCAAUUCGUUCGCCCAGCUGUCGAAAGAGCGAUUCAAGAAUGGAUUCAUCCUGUUGUCGAUAGAUCUAUUAAGAUAGCUCUUACAACUAGCGAGCAGAUAGUGAGAAAAGAUUUUGCUUUGGAUCCAGAAGAAUUACGAAUAAGAACUGCUGGACGUAACAUGGUGCGCAACUUAACCGCCGGCAUGGCCAUGAUCACGUGUCGCGAUCAAAUUCUGGCAUCCAUCAGCACGAAUUUGAAACAAGCCUUGCUCGCGGCAUUGAUCGGUACAACCCCGCAGCAGAAGGAGCUUGCUGAGCAAGCGGCGAAUGUGGUCGCUGCUGAUAACAUGGAACUCGCGUGCGCAUUUGUACAAAAGACCGCUAUCGAGAAAGCGAUACCGGAGAUGGACAAGCGGCUACUUAGCGAGAUGGAACUGCGGAAAAUCGCUCGGCAAGAAGGCCGACGAUACUGCGAUCCUCUGGCUAAGUAUCAAGCUGAACGAAUGCCGGAGCAAAUCCGAUUGAAGGUCGGCGGUGUGACGUCACAGCAGAUGGCAGUUUAUGAAGAAUUUGCCAGGAAUAUUCCAGGAUUCCUGCCGCUUUCCGACCGGGACACACAAGCGCUCUUCAUGCCGAAACCUAUCAAUGAAACUCCCGUCACUGCGUUCACGCCUAAUCCGGCUGUGGCAGUCGCCACAGCGCAACAAGUAGCGGCCUACGUGGCUGUUAGUAAUGACGAGGUGGGCGCUAUGUUGGAGAAACUUGCCGCGGAAGCGGAAGUUCUGUUGGCCGCCAUGGGACCUGCGGCGCCUCCGCCGCAGCAUGCUGCUCUUCACAGUCUUCUGGAAUCGAUUAUUCUUACUAGAAGAUCAAGAGACGCCGGUGCUGCUAUGACGUUGUUAAAGAAAGCUGUCGAAGGUUUGCUGGAUGGGCCUAUCAUUUCUAGCGGGGUUAUAGAGUCGGAAAAUCUUAUACAACGCUACCGAGAGUUGCACUUACGUAUCUUGAAGUGUCUUCAGGAUCCACGUGCGUAUGGUAUGCAAUGGACCAAUAAGCAUGUGACUCGUUGUUUAACCGAGUGCAGAGAAGAAUUUCGAUACAAUUUCGAAGCUGUGGAUUACCUCAUAAGAUCUCAUUUGAUCAGUCUUCCACAAUACGACGUAGCUCUAGCACAAGCUAUGGAGGCAGGAAACACCAUGGCAACGGCAUUCGCCAUGCAAUUGGUUCAGCUCUAUUUGAUUGAUGAGAGACAAGCAACUCAUGUUACCGAGACCGAUCUGUUCCAUACGAUUGAAAUAUUGGCUCGAAUGUCUCAUCAUAGAACACCUCCAGAAGGAAUCUUGCUCUUCAGAUUAACAAGUCUAGUAGAUUCACUGCGUGCCAAUCAUGAUUCUGGUGUACUGGUAGACAGAGCUCCAGCAGGACCUACAGCACACAUUCAUUCCGGAAUCCUGCAGGCUCGUGAUUUCGAUGAUCCGCCAGGACUGAUGGAAAAGACAGAGUAUCUAUUGCGCGAAUGGGUACAGAUGCAUCACAGUCCGCAGCACGCCCGCGAUUCUACCAAAGCAUUCAGUAUAUUUGUGCAUCAGAUGAAUAUCCAUGGCAUUCUCAAGACGGACGAUUUGAUCACGAGAUUUUUCAAGCUGAGCACACAGAUGUGUGUCGAUCUCUGCUAUCGCGCUCUCUCGGAAACUUCUACAGCUCCCUCUAUUAUGCGUGCUAAGUGCUUCCACUCGCUGGACGCGUUUGUACGUCUCGUGGCGCUCUUAGUGAAGCAUUCCGGCGAUGCCACCAACACUCACACUAAGAUCAAUCUCUUGAACAAAGUGCUCGGUAUCGUAGCCGGAGUGUUACUGCAAGACCACGAGAUACGCGGUAUCGACUUUCAACAGUUGCCGUAUCACAGAAUCUUCAUCAUGCUCUUCUUAGAGCUCUGCGCGCCGGAACCGGUACUGGAAGCGGUCAACUUUCAAGUACUGACGGCCUUCUGUCACACCCUGCACAUUCUGCGUCCGGCGAAAGCAUCCGGCUUCUGUUACGCCUGGUUGGAAUUGGUCUCGCACCGAGUCUUCAUAGGACGUAUGCUCGCCAUUACGCCGCAGCAAAAAUGCUGGGGCAUGUACGCCCAACUUCUCAUCGACUUAUUCAAGUACCUAGCGCCCUAUCUACGUAACGCGGAGCUCGCGAAGCCUGUGACUAGCCUCUAUAAGGGUACCCUAAGAGUGUUGCUGGUGCUGUUGCACGACUUUCCCGAGUUCCUCUGCGACUAUCACUAUGGAUUUUGCGACGUGAUACCUCCAAAUUGUAUACAAAUGAGGAAUCUGAUAUUGAGCGCUUUCCCAAGAAACAUGCGAUUACCUGAUCCGUUCACGCCAAACCUGAAGGUCGACAUGCUCCAAGAGAUAGCGCACGCUCCGCGUGUUCUCACCAAUUUCGCAUCCACGAUACAACCGUUGACUUUCAAGAAAGAGCUCGACUCUUACCUAAAGGCUCGCGCCCCGGUCACCUUUCUGUCCGAGCUGCGCAGCAACUUACAAGUGUCGCAAGAAGCCGGCGUACGUUACAACAUUCAGCUGAUGAAUGCCCUGGUGCUCUACGUGGGGACGCAGGCUAUCGCGUUCAUUCGCAGUAAGGGCCACGCACCCAACAUGUCCACGAUCGCGCACUCCGCGCACAUGGACAUCUUCCAGAAUCUGGCGGUCGACCUCGACACCGAGGGUCGCUACUUAUUCCUGAACGCCAUAGCGAAUCAGCUGCGGUAUCCCAACAGUCACACGCAUUACUUCAGCUGUACACUUCUCUACCUGUUCGCCGAAGCGAACACGGAAGCUAUCCAGGAGCAGAUCACCAGGGUUCUUCUCGAAAGACUGAUUGUUAACAGACCGCACCCGUGGGGUCUUCUCAUCACUUUCAUCGAAUUGAUCAAGAAUCCUACUUAUAAGUUUUGGUCGCACGAGUUUGUACAUUGUGCGCCGGAAAUUGAAAAAUUAUUCGAAUCCGUAGCAAGAUCGUGUAUGGUGCAGAAACAGGUGCCUACCACGGAGACGGAGAUCCCGGAGUGAUAGAACGUUUCCCUUUACACGAUCAUUCACAUAUGUGUACAGUAAGAUAAUACAUAUUAGUGUGUAAGCGAACAUUAUUAAUAUUUUAAUAAAGAGAAACUUUGACUAAA